AUGAAAAACCCUUGAACAAGUAGGUGUGUCCAAACUUUUGACUAGUACUAUAUGUGCCAGCAGUGUAAACGCAAUAGUGUAAAAAGGAUGUAUCUUUGUCUGUAAGGUGUUGUCAUGAAUCCCUAGGAAUAUCCCCAUUUCAAAUCCAUAAAAUUGCCAUGAUACCCCUCCAUCCUCUCUCCCAUGCAUCAGAAUAUACCUUCCAUGCUCCGCUGUAGGCUAUUCACCCUACUCUCAGAAUUAGGUUAUUGAAUGUACUUUAUAAUUACUUAAUUAUAUGGAAAGGCAGGGACCUUGUUUUACUAGGCCUAUGCUGUCUACAAAUAAUUAAUUCACAUAGAAUAGAUUUCCUCAAAACGUCCGCCAUGGACAUCAUUGUCCUAAAGCGGGGAAACUCUACAAGAGAGCGCCAAGAAGACGGUGUAGUGAGGGGCGGGAGUACCGGAAAAGCGAGGGAGAGGCGGGGCCUGCUUUUCUGUGUUUGUGUGUGUGUGCGUGUGCGUGCGUGCGUGUUUGUGCUCUCUCGCCCCUCCUCCUCUAGACAAACCACCCCCCUCAGCCACUGAGUCUGCAACUCUCACUGCCUUUCCUCACCUCAUAGUCGGGAACAGAGGAACGGAAUGGAUACAGAAGGGAGCCAAAUCAGCCUGUCCUCCGUGGACAACUCCCCCCACGACCCCUGCAAAAUGUUCAUCGGGGGUCUCAGUUGGCAGACAACACAAGAGGGAUUGAAUGAAUACUUCUGUAAAUUCGGCGAGGUGAAGGAGUGUAUGGUGAUGCGAGAUCCCGUUACGAAGAGAUCGAGGGGAUUCGGGUUUGUAACAUACAUAGACCAGGCUGGUGUGGAUAAAGUUUUGGCACAAAACAGACAUGAGCUGGAUUCUAAAACAAUUGAUCCCAAGGUGGCAUUUCCUCGUAGAGCCCAACCCAAGUUGGUGACCAGGACAAAGAAGAUCUUUGUGGGAGGCCUCUCAGUGAACACAACCAUCGAAGACGUCAAGCAGUACUUUGACCAGUUUGGAAAGGUCGAUGACGCCAUGCUCAUGUUCGACAAAACCACCAACAGACACAGAGGUUUCGGCUUUGUGACCUUCGAGAAUGAAGACAUGGUGGAGAAAGUGUGUGAGAUCCAUUUCCACGAAAUCAACAACAAAAUGGUGGAGUGCAAGAAAGCCCAGCCCAAGGAAGUGAUGUCACCGACGGGUACGGCUCGAGGUCGUGCCAGGGUGAUGCCCUACGGCAUGGACGCCUUCAUGCUGGGGAUCGGCAUGCUGGGCUACCCAGGCUUCCAAGCAGCUACGUACGCUAGCCGUGGCUACCCUAGCAUCACGCCUGGAUACACCUACCAGUUCCCUGAAUUCCAUUUAGAGAGGACCACCCUUCUGACAUCAUCCCACCCCUCUGAGCUCACAGCCAUUCCACUGUCAGCCUACGGACCAAUGGCAGCAGCAGCAGCAGCGGCUAUGAGAGGUUCCACACAGUCACGUAACGCAGGCUACCUGGGCACCAGCAGCCCUGGGCCAAUGGCUGAUCUGUAUGCGGCAGCCAGUCAGGACUCGGCACUCAGCAGCUAUCUCAGCGCAGCCAGUCCCGGCCCCAACUCAGGAUUCGGCCACGGUCUUGGGGGUCCUCUUAUCGCUACUGCCUUCACCAACGGUUACCACUGAGCAGAUUUAGCACAUCACCGGGCACGGGAGGAGGUCCCUUCUGCUGACGAGCCAAUCAAACUGCUGUGUGCCUACCCAUGGCACAAUCCGAUUGGCGGCCACAGUUUAAACCCCGCACCCCCUGGCUCCCCCUGACUCCACCCACUGACUGAAGAUCUUUUAUUUUUUUAACUUCUGUAUCCUGUUUUCCUGUACUAAUAUCACUCCCUCUUCUCAAUCCCUUGUUUCUCCUAUCCUUUACCUUCACGUAGGUUUAUUUCAUUAGAUUCCAAUGCUGUUUCUUUUUUUAAAUAUCCCUCUGGCAGAUAAAUAAGUGAGAAAAUAACGUUUGUGGGUUACGCUCAAGGCAAACACAGAUUCUGUCAGAUAUGUUUUGCUUUAUAUUUGAGGAUUUUUUUAUUUAAUCGCAAUGUUUUGAUGUAUUGUCUGUUUCCGUUGACCUCCCUUUAAUGUGUUACUGAGGUGAGAUGGAGGAGGAGAGAGGAUUAGAGAGCGAUGAACUGGUGUGUGGGAUGGGGUCUCCUUGUCAAAAGGGGUACCUCACCCAUUUAAACAGAGGAAGAACAAAAAUUAUGUAAUUUCCAUUUUUAACAAACGUGUCACAGAAAACAUGAAAAGAAAACUAAAAUGUAUAUUUUGAUAGUUUUUAAAACAAAACAUUUGUAAUAUUGUUAUUAAUAUUGAACACAAUGAUAAUAAUGAUGAUAAUCGGUUAGAUAUUUUCUUCCUGUAAAAUAUUGUAUAUAGAUUUUGAGGGGAGGGUGAAGUAGGGGAGGAUGAAGGUUGGUGUAGGGGAGGAGGGAGGGGAUGUUGAACUUUGAUCAGCAGGCGGGGUUACUAUUAAUCGUUUGGCGCCAAUUUAACUGGAAGUCUGCUUAACUACUACAACAAAUGUGUUGUACAGUGGCAGGUCAUUUUCUAUUUGAAAGUGGCUAUCCCCUCAGCAUUUGUUUGGUGUUUAGGCCAACAACAUGCAUUAGCAGGGUUGAGGACUAGAUGAUAUUUGUAAAUAAGACGAAAUGAUAAGACCCUUUUCAUUAGAAAUUGGUAUCAAAAAGAGAACAUGCUUGAAUUCUCACACAGUUGAGUCCCUUUCCUUUCAUUUAGUUUCUUACUGUGAACAUGCCAGUAACUGAUUUCUAUUGAAUUGGACCCCUUAAAGGCACAGUCUUACCAAGUGACACAACCAUAGAAAUAUUGUUACUUGAAUGGGGGUUCCUGUUCUAGUCAUUUUAUUUCUAUGGACAUGACAUCCAUGUAUCCCUGAGAAAUAAGGAAAAACUAAAGUGAGGCCCUGAGGAUUUUUAAUUGGCUAUGCUGAGGGCGCACGGUCGGGGUUAAGGGGGAUUGGGUGGGAUUUAAUACAACUUUUUUUGGGGGGAAAGUAUAUUUUUGCUCUAUUUUCCUUCAUUAUGUUUUAUUUUGUUUCUUGUUUCUUUCUUGCUGUUCUAUGUACGGUCAUACGGACCGUAGAAACAAAUGAAGGACAUAUUUAACAAAGCAAUUGACUCUGAAAAAAAAACGGUUACAUCAUGGUUGUAUUUGUCUUCUGAUGACCUUAGAAGGUGAUUGUGUCAUUAUGUGUGAAGGUGUGUUUGUUUGUGUGUGAUGUGUGCGCGCACAAUAGUGAGCUGACGUAUGGAAUUAGCUAGAUUCGAAAGUUGACAUGGCAUGCAUUUUUUGAUUGCCAUUUUGGUACUGAAAUGUUUGGCUGGUUCCAUUUUGGUCUAACACCACGUAUCCUAUGUGUCCUUUCAGAUCUAGGGACUAGGGGCUAGGUAAACUGAAAUGGAACGCAGCCUCUGUCCCAGUCAGUACAGCAAAGAGUUAUACACAGACCAGUAGUAGGAAUGGAGGAGGAGACAUAGUGGAAUUGUCCCCUUUCUUUUGACAGAGCUAUUUCAAUGAAUAUCAAAUGAAUUUUGUUGAUGUUCCACAAAGUCUUCCACUAAACAUGAACAAGAAUCUCACAUUUUAUACUGGCUAGUACUGCCCUUUUCGAACUGGCUGGGGCACUACACAAAACUACUGCUGGACACGAACACUGUAACUUUCUAACUUUCAAAAAGCAAUACGUUGUUUUUUAUUUUAGGAAUAUUAAUACUGCUAUUAAUGGCAAUGGGAGUAUGGAUAAUUCCAUGGCAUUAAGACUUUUUUUAAGAACAAAAAGGAAAUGAUAUUUUUCUCUUGUCCGAUUUCGUUCCCGGUGCGCAAUAAUGAUUCAGUGAUGUUUAAGAUGCUGGUGUUUUUGUUUGUUUAUGUUGACGCUUUCUUCAGGGUCGGAAAAGGGGCAAGGCCUUGGUUGUUAAAGCUCCAAGUUCAAGGUCUUGACCAACACUGUAACUAAACUUUUAUUUGGACUGUUCCCCACCCGCUUUAUCUUAUUGUAUUUCCUUUUUUUCUUUCUUUCUUUUCUCCUCCGGAAAUGUCCAUUUUAAAAUUCCUAAUAAAUUAUUUUAAAGCAUUCCA